AUGAAACUACGCAAAACUGGGUAUGCUUCCGCGCUGAGCGAGCUGAGUAAUACGCUUGCUACAAUUGACGUUCUCACAAGCUUGGCCCGAGUGGUAACAGAUGCGGCUAGUGAUUAUGUCAGGCCUAAAUUGGAGCCCAUGGGCAGCGGCAUAUUUGAGCUGAAAAAAUGUCGCCAUCCGGUUCUGGAAGCGUUGAUAGACGAGCCAUUUAUACCAAAUGAUGUGGAGCUUGGGACAAAUCGAAUGGUCAUUCUAACAGGUGCAAAUAUGGGUGGAAAGAGUACCUAUCUUCGAUCGGCGGCUAUCUCAGCUUUACUAGCACAGAUUGGAAGCUUUGUACCCGCUUCAUACGCUCAUAUGUCGGUAUUGGAUGGCAUCUUCACUCGUGUGGGUGCAAGCGACCAGCAAACCAGGGGAAUCUCUACAUUCAUGGCUGAAAUGCUGGACUGUGCCACUAUCUUGGAGGUAGCGCAGAUCAGUGUUUACUUUAGUCGUUGA